AUGGCCUGUGGUCGGACGAAGGCAGAAGCCAUUAUCACGGAUGUACUUGCCCCUGCCUCCGUCGAAGAUUGCUUGAAAGUCCUCAGAAGACCACUGAAUGAGCAACGAGAGGCCACAACCAAAGCCCAUACACCAUUCUUCUCAGUGGCUUCAGAUGCCUCCAAUCAUGGGACCACCAAGCUCUUCCCACUGUCAGUGCGUUACUGGACGCCAGACUUGGGAGUACAGAGGAAGGUCCUUGAUUUCUAUGAUGACAGUGAUGAAACAUCUGCCGCCAUCUACAACCAGAUAGUUACCAAGCUGGAGGAAAACGGACUGGGACUAGACAUGAUAUCUGCGUAUUCUGCUGACAAUGCUAGUGUGAAUUACGGGAGAUACAACUCUGUCUUCCAGAAACUGAAAGAGAACAACAAUUGCAUUUUGAAGGCAAACUGUGUGGCCCACAUCGUUCACAACAGUGCAAAACACGCAGGAGAUCGGCUACAUAUCGACAUCGAAAAUGUCGUCAACAAGACCUUUAGCCACUUCUCCUCAUCUGCCAAACGCAUUGAGGAACUUAAAUCAAUUCACACCUUUGUGGAGACAGAGUACCAGUCCCUGCUUAGACAUGUGCCCACAAGAUGGCUGAGCUUGUGGCCUGCAGUGAAGAGGCUUCACGACAGCUGGGCUCCUAUCAAGACCUACUUUCUCUCUUUGGGAGAGGACGAGUGCCCAAAGUCCCUAUGGCGGCUCUUCAAGGAUGACCAGGAUGGUGAGGGCAACCCCCUUGAUCUACAGGUUUACCUGUCCUUCCUCAGCAAUGCGCUGAAGAUUUUCCAUGACACUGUGCUGGUGCUGGAGCGAGAAGAUGGAACUGUCUGUGAGCUCUAUGAUAUGAUGUUCACCCUAAAAACCAAGCUACAGCAACGACAGAGUGAUGGUUUCUUUGGGGCCCAGACGGGUGUACUCCUCCAGCAGUUUCCAGACAGACGGGCAGCUGUGCUCAGAGAGGACAUGUGCAACUUCUACCAGUCCUCCCUCACCUACCUGGAGCAGCGCUAUGACUUCUCAGACUCCAACUACCAGAAGAAAUUGGCUAGCCUGGCACUAAAGAAAAGCCCAUUUAACUUCUCCCAUCUCUGUGAAGCUGUAGAGGUCCUGCAGCUAAGCAAGAAGCUGGACAUGGAUGCGCUAUAUGAUGAGUAUUGUGUCGUUCUGCCGCACCAACAGGCCAUCGUGCAGUCUGGAGCUUCAGUUGUGGAGAAGUGGGCCACCUUACUCAAGCACACACACACACCAAACAUGACAGCAUUAGCUUCUUUCCUCUUGAGUGUACCAAUCACCAAUGCUUCAGUGGAGAGGGUCUUUUCACUGAUGACAGGAUGCUGGACGGACACAAGGAACAGAUGUUCGGUAAACCUCAUCAAGUCAGAAAUUCAGGUGAAGAGCAACUUCACAUUCAGUUGCAAGGACUUUUACACUUAUGUAGUGAAAGAGAAGGUUCUCCUCAAUGCUGCACGCUCCAACAAGAAAUACAACUUCAAGAAGAAACCUGAAGAUGCUGGUGAAAAGGUUUGAGUCCUAAAGGUGACCCCAAAGUCCUAAAGGUGACCCCAAAGUCCUAAAGGUGACCCCAAAGUCCUGAAGGUGUCCCCAGAACACUGAACAGUUUUUUUUUCCUGCGCCUGCCUUUACCAACAUCCAAGUUCACCAUCCUUCCUCCCCCUUCUCGUUCUGUGAACCUCUGGAGUCGUGAGUUAAGACUUUUUUCUUUUUUUUUUACAGUUCCUGUGGUGUAGAGCAACUACAAUUCCUGUUAAUCCUUUAAUUUAAAAUUAUAAUUUAUUUGAAGUGAAUAAAUUGUAAUGAAAAAUAAAUAAAAUUAAAUAGCUAAAGUAAAUCGGAAUUGGAAGUGCAUCUGUUCAUUGAAUGUUCAAAGUAUUAUGAAUCUUUUUUUAGAAAGAAAUACACAUUGGUUGGCCUAUUCAUGAGCAUACAUCAGCAAUUACACAUGUUUAUGGGAAUAGGGCAUUAUUAAUAUACAAUGUAAGGUGGUAUGUGCUAGAAAUGUGUAAACCACUAUCAGUGAGUCUGCCCGAGAGGUGGGGGCACCGCCGCGCCAAGCAGUGUCCCACUUUGUCCCUCAGAACAUACCCCUUGUCCCCCCUUGGGCUUAUUAGCAGGUGGUC